AACGAAAGAAGGCCAGAAAACAAAAAUUUGUGGAUACCCCUUUACCAUCCAAUUCUCUCAGAAAAUGCUUCUGAAUUUUGGCUGGAAAUAUCCUCAAACCCAUUUCAAUAUCUAGCAAGCAUGCAUUAUGGAUUAGCAUAAUCUUAUGAUUAACAUCAAGGACUUAUUUUGCUGAGAAUUUCAAUUUCAGUAAUGGCGACUUUAACUCCAUUAUCUCUUUGCAGUUCUGCUUCUUCACUUGCCCAUUCACCAAAAAGAACUUGUAUUCCCCUUCCAUUUCCAUACCUGGGGUCUCUCAAUUUACGAUUAUUCAAUCUUAAAGAUGGCCCGGCAAGGAAAAAUUCAGGUCGUAGUAGUCGUAGGUUUUGUGUAUUGGCUGUAACUGAAGGUUCUGCCAAGAAAAAUUCAAGCAAGUCAUUUGAAGAGGAUGACCCUUCAGUUCCUUCUUGGGCUAAGCCCGACUCGGAUGAAUUGCCACCAUGGGCUCGUAAUGAGUCCCAGAAUGAAUCUUCUGGCUUACAAGUUCCCUAUGGUGUCUACUUGCUUGCCUCAGCCAUCACUGCCAUUGCUGCGAUUGGCUCUGUUUUUGAGUAUAUAAACCAAAAACCCGUAUUUGGAGUUGUGGCUUCGGACAGUAUCUUUUAUGCUCCAUUGCUUGGUUUUUUCGCAUUCACGGGCAUCCCCACUUCGGCAUUUCUUUGGUUUAAAUCAGUCCAAGUUGCUAACAAGGAGGCAGAGGAGCAGGAUCGCCGGGAUGGAUAUCUUUAGGAUUUUCUGCAUUCCAGUUGUGUGUCUGAAAUCUUGAUUGCACACCACUGCUGGAAAGGUUAGUCUGUGAAGGCCAUGGAUACAUUGGGCUUCAUUUUGCUUGCAUAGUGAUUAUGUGGAUGAUUCAUUUUAAACCAUGUCGAAGAUGGUGCUGUGUGGUGACUACUGAUUACAUACGGAGCUUGAAUAUAAAGCUCCAAAUCUUGCUUUAAGAUCCAGACUUUCUGUGGGUUGGUUGGUUCUCUUAUGCUCAUACAAAAUGGCUGCAUUCGUUUCUCCUCCUCUGUUACGUAGCAACAAUUUUUCUCACGGCAUAGCUAGUUGUUGUGUUCAUUCUGUAGUGAUGUAAUGGAAGAUUAAAGUUCCAAGUUACUUAAACUUCUGCAGAAGUGGAUAGCUUAUACAGUUCUUUCCUCUCACAGUCAAACCACUUUCAGUUAAAGCUCUCUUUGUUUGAAGUGGAUUAUUGCUAUUUAUUAGGUUAACGACUGUACCAAGAUCUUUUUGGUCAACAUAGUUCUUUUACAAAUACAAGUCUCCAUGCAGGUUUGUAUAUCAGAAUUACUUGUGGUGUUGAUAAAAUAUUGUUUCUCUCAGAACUAAGGUGGUUUUGUUGAGCUACUAAUAUUAACUGUAGCUGUAAGUUCAGUCACUUGAGCUACUAAUAUUAACUGCUCUAAACAUCUGUAAACACAAAUUCUGAAGUUUAUGGAGUUGUGUUAUACUAAACUAGUAACAAUUGAAUGGC